CUCGGAAGCUUUUACGGAAGAAACUGUAAAUUUGGUUCCAUGGGGCCAGAGAGUGUGAGAAACGAAAAUUAAAAAAAAAGAGAAGAAAAGCCAAAAGCUUCGGUCGCGCAAGAUCGCUUCAUUUGUUUCUAGAGUGAUUCAUGGAUUCUUUAAACUACUAAUAAUGGUAUCUUUAGUUGUUACUUCGUUUUCUGAUCUAUUUUACAAAUCUUACUCUUUUGCUCUGUUUUCGUGGUUUUGUUUAGAUAAAAGUCUCUGUUCUUCUAGUUUCUUCCAUCAGACUGUUUUCUCAUGGAUCAGUGAUGAUUUUUGUUUCCUGGGUCAACUUCUGAUUUUGGAAUUUCUGAAAAUUUUGGUAAAUUUACUCGAUCCCAUUGCGAAAUCUUACGCAUGAUCUUUGUAGUUUGCUCUGCUCAAGACUUUCUUUUUUUUUGGUUCUGCAGUAUGUCUUAAUUGCUCUGAAACUUAUGUCUUGUUGUGUUUAAUUUGGUGGUGAAAUAUAUUGUCUUCUUUAUUCCUGGAUCUGUUAAGAUUGUUUAAGAUUUCAUAUACGUUGAAUUGGUUUUGAUUGAAUAUAUUUUGGUUCCCAGACGUUGCGUGUAUUAUUUAAUGUAAAUUCCUUAAAUCAUUGGCUUAUCUAUGAAUCAAUCAUUUGCUUAGAAGCAAUCUCAUGAGUAGCAAGAAAAACGAAUUAAUCCUUCCCAUGUCUUUUAUGUUUAUAUUACAGGAUCUGGGUGAAAAAAGAACAGUCUUUUGAUUUGGUGUGUUUCUCUUUUCUCUUAAUUUUUUAGGAUUUUUGUUGUGUCUUAAUGAAAUAAUGGGAGCAGCUGAAGCAAGAGCAUUGUGGCAAAGAACAGCUAGUCGUUGCUUUGUUGUUCAUGAGGAUGCUAAGAUGGCUCCGAGGUUAGCUUGUUGCCAACACCAACAAUCUUCUUCGGGCAACACCGAAAAAAACAGCUUUUCUUCCGGAAGUUUUGGAGAUUCCUCUGAUUUCUCUUGUGAUACCAAAUGGUGGCUUAAGGGAUCAACUGGUUUUGAUGAGGAGGUUACAAACUCCUUUCUUGAAGAUACCAAAUGCAAGAAAUUGCAUGAAUUUGUCGACUUAAUCGGAAUACGAGAAGAAGAAGACUACAGCUUUAUUAGCAAGAAAGCUGACGCUACAACACCGUGGUGGAGAAGCACGACGGAUAAAGAUGAAUUAGCUCUCAUGGUGGCGACUAAAUCGGUUGAUCAUAAUAUCCAGAAUUGUGAUCUUCCUCCACCUCAAAAACUCCACAAGAGUAUUCACUCCUCGAGUGGAGAAAAAGGGUUUAAAACAGCGGUUAAAUCGCCAUGGAAGCAAGGAGUUUGGAAGGAUCGGUUUGAGAGAUCUUUGAGUUACAAUGGUAGCACAGAGAGCAAGAACACGAGUCCAAUGUCUUCCCCUAGAAGUGAUGAUCUAAGCAAAGGUCAGCUUUUAGAAGCACUAAGGCAUUCUCAAACCAGGGCAAGAGAAGCAGAGAGAGCAGCGAGAGAAGCUUGCGCUGAGAAAGACCGUGUGAUAACAAUCUUGUUGAAACAAGCGAGUCAGAUGUUGGCUUAUAAGCAAUGGUUAAAGCUUCUUGAAAUGGAAGCUCUUUAUCUGCAGAUGAAGAAGGAAGAAGAACAAGAGGAACAGGUCAAAGGAAUGAAUCUGAAGAAGAGAAAACAGAGAGGGGAGAAGAAGAAAAAGGGUGAGACUGGGAGAUAUAUGAUGGCUUUUGCAUUAGGGUUUAGUCUCAUUGGUGCUGGUUUGCUCUUAGGUUGGACUGUUGGAUGGUUGCUUCCCUUCUAGAAUCUUGAAAUGUCUUCUCUUUGGUCACUCAUCUUUUCAAGAGUUUUAGGUUUUAUAACUUUUCACUUUACCUCUAAAAUUGUGUGUAUAUUUUGUUAAUGUAUGUAUUGUGUGAUGUUUGUGUAAAUUUAAUCUUCUGUAGAAGUUUAUUUGGUUAGGGUCUCUCUCUCUCUCUCUCUCUCUGCUACACAAAAUUGAGAAGCAUCAAACUUGGAAAUUCAUCAGAAGCUUGAGAAUGUUGGAAUCAAAUAAAUCUUAUAUUUGAGCUGAAAGUUUGCUACAAGUGGACCUCAUUUGACCCAAUUUUCU